UCUUUUACGACGCGUUGAAGGGAUUGUCCAUCGUCCGUGCUGAUCAUGGAGAGUCGAGGUAACGACCUGAUGAUGGAAUCAUCGGUAUUGCCCAUGGUGGUGAAAGAGGAGCCGUCCGAGCAGAAUACUUCCAAACAAGACACGCAACAAUCUCAGAUCAACGAUGCGAUUUGCGUCGACGAGGAAUGCGGCGAGUUUCGUAUUGAGUGUACCACUGAGAGUGAGGAGAGCGAGGUUCGUGCGUUUUUGUCAAAAUGUAUCUUCUGCGGCAAGGUGUUUACCCCGGGAGACAAUCCGAAGCUUCUGGAGUGCCUGCACGCAGCUUGUACAACAUGCGUCACUAAUAAGAUCAGCGAUCACAACACAUCGGUCGACGUGGACGUGUUGUUGGAGAGCAACGUUAUUAUGUGCCACAUCUGCAAUGUGGCCAGCCAGGUAGAGAAUUUAAUAGAGAAUAGAUUUCUUUCAAAGUUACUGGAGGACGAUGGCAGUACACUGGACUACGAAGUUAAGGAGGCAGAGGAGGAAACUAAAUGUACCAGUUGUCAUGACAAUGUCACCGCCACUAGCUGGUGCGUCGAGUGUGAGGAGUUUAUCUGUCCGAGUUGCGUUAUGGCACACGAGAGAUUAAAGAUAACAAAGGAUCAUACCAUCAAGCCGAAAGACGAAGCAAGCGAUAGAGACAAUGCUAAAAAGGGUACCAAAAAAGUACCUGUAUAUUUAUAUUGUACGAUCCAUCCUCACGAACAAUUGUCCCUAUUUUGCCAGACAUGCGACAGAUUGACUUGUAGGGACUGCCAGCUUAGUGAACAUCGUGAUCAUAAAUACAAGUUUAUUCAUGAAAUUGCGGUUGAGACUCGUUCCGCGAUAUCUACUUUGCUCAAAGAAGUUAGUUACAAGCGAGUACUGCUGAGAAGUGCGAUGAAAGUUAUUGAAGAUCGGCAGGUUCUGAUAUCGGAGAAGAGAAAGAAUCUUUGUCAAGAUAUAACGCAAACGAUAAUACAUAUGACGAACACAAUCAGUGCAAGGGGAAAGCAACUGGCGACGCGGUUGAGCGAAGUGUGUGAUCAGAAACAGAAUACACUGAAUGAAAAAAAGAUUGCGUUAGAUCAACUGUCCAGACUCACGGAUCACUGUAUACUUUUCGGCAAUUACGCACUGAAGAAAGGCUCGGACAUGGAAUUGUUAUAUAGUAAAAAAUCUCUCACAAAUCACUUGCAAAGGAUAAAGAGCAGGCGAGCCGAUAUUCCAAAUCCCGAAAUACCCGUCAGAAUACAUCUGUCCUUUGAAAAAGUGCCAGAUCUGCUAAAAGUACUAUCGUCGAUCGGAGCGAUAGUAGUCGACGGUAGAGUGUACUCAUCUAUAUCACCGUCGGCCAGCGGUGCAGCUUAUAAUAACGAGCCGCAAGUUGAGAAGCAACCAAACAAUUCGGCAUCAAAUUCACCGUCCGUUCACACGGACGGUUCCAUCAUUCAGGGAUUGUCGUCCGGGAUGCCGACUCAACAGUCCCCGAACAUGCAGCAGCAGAAUCUCUAUCAGCAAGUGCCUCUGCAUCUACCGCAGCAACAACAGCAGCAGCAACAACAGCCGCUGCCGCCGCCGCAACAUGUGCAACAGCAGUCGCAGAGUUACGUGCAGCAGCAGUACGCCGCGCCGCACAAUAUGCCAUCCCGAUCGUCGCCGCAGACGCAUCAACCGCGCGUACCGUACAAUGUUAAUUACAACAACAGACUGCAACAACCUAUGGUGAUGCAUCAGCAACGGCCACUGGCCAAUUGCCAUCAGCAACAGGUCACGUCGUCCACGCAUCCGCAAGCACACAACCUGGAUCAGCUCGGCGGGCAAAACGCAAGUCUGCGCGGGCUCCUUGCGCAUAAUCCUCCCCCGCUUCCGCCGCCGUCUUACGCAACGUAUCGGACACCUAAUCACGUACCGUAUCGACUGCCACCCGCGUACAGAUAUCCGCCAGGCGGUAAUCCACAGAGAGGAACGAUGAUUUCGGUACCACCGCCCACGUAUCAACCGGCAAACACACGUUUGCAGUGUAACUUAGCGUCUCCACAGGCGCAGCACUUAGCAAACUAUCCUAUGCAGCAUCGCUGGCAUAUACCUCAGCAAGCGAAUCCAUGCCUUCCUUAUCCCUCAUUGCGACAUCAGUCGACAGUACUCAACUCACACAUGUCAGUUCCUAUAAAUGAUACAUACAAGAUUAUGUUAAAGAACAAUCAGCCAGCGAGUAAUAAUCAAAAGAAUUGCGGCAACGUAAGCGCGAGCUCGUGCGACAAUCCGCCGCAGUCGCAGAACUCGUCCACCGCUGCCGGACACGCGGUCAGCUCGUCUGUACCUAAAACACCGAGCCCGGGUCUAUCCUCCACACCUGGCAAACCGGACGAAACUGAGAAGAGUCUCGACAAAUUUUGUCAGAAAUCGUUGAACGAUCUGAUGCUCACCAUAGCGAAACUUGAUAGUAACGGGAUCGUGGUGAUACCGGAGGCUCAAAGGAAUCAGAUGGACUCGGCGCAAGUCGACAGCUCCACUGACGAGGAUAUGAAUUCGCUAACUGAAAAUACGACUGAUAAUUCGAAAAGUACAGCGGCGUCUAUGAUGAUGAAGGAUGAUCCUAACGAGGACUGGUGUGCCGUUUGUAUGGAUGGCGGAGAUGCGGUGCUGUGUUGCGACAAAUGUCCGAAAGUCUUCCAUCUCUAUUGUCAUAUACCUAGUUUAAAGUCGUUUCCAGAUGAAAGUGAGACCUGGCAGUGUAUGCUAUGUACGAACAUACUUGAUUGUUCAGACGACGUGAGCGGCGAGCAAAAGUCAGUCGGUAUGAGCCCGAAAGAACUGCGGAUCGCGCAAAGGAUCGUCCUGGAACUCUACUGCCAGUACGAGCAAAGCCUUCCCUUCCGGGAGAUCGUAUCGAGUGAGAUCGCUGAUUAUCACCGAAUUAUCAAGAAACCAAUUGCGUUAGACGUAAUUAGGAAUAAGCUGAAAUCUGAUCACGUAGAUCAUUACACAGAUCUGAGACAGGUCAUGGCGGACAUUAGACUCAUGUUUAAAAACGCCUUUACCUACAAUCCGAUGGAUUCUCAAGUUUAUCAGGAAGCCAGAAAUUUAGAGGAGUUCUUCGAGAAGCUAUUGCUGAAAUGGGCACCGAAUUACGCGUACGAUGAUCCCUUUCUCGCCACCGAUAAGGAUGAGGACGAGGAGGUUUUCCCACCCAACAGGAAGUACAGGCGUACGAUCACCGAUUAAUAGUGAAUGCGCAAGUCGUUCGUCAAUUGUACCUCGCUGAAAUAGCUGCAUCUGUGGUACUAGAUUGCUCUCAAGACUAUUUACAUUAAAUUAUGCUAUUAAGAACUCGUGAUAACUGCUAAACGCGAAAACUAUUGUAAUAAGACUAGCUCCAAGGAAAAAUGAAACAAGUUAGUAUACGUUCUGUUUUACCCGCGAUAUUCGUAAUUCACAUUGUUUCAGCGAUUCUUGAUGAACGAUAUUACGAUGACAAGCGAAUGUGACUUUGUCUUGACAUAUGUUUCAAUUAUAAGAUAGAUAUUUUAAUGUAUCAGAUUAUUUUAAGUUAAAACUAUAUUGCUUGAAGCUUUAUCAUGUUAUCGAACUUCAAAAUGCUUGUUAUUUGCAUUAGAUUAACGUUAAAUUUAAUUAGAAUAUUAUUAUAAUUAUUAUAUAUAAUUAUUUGUUGAAUGACUUCAAUUUUCGCCUUUUUACUCAAAGCAUGCAAAAUAUUUUAUAAAGCAUACAAAAUGUGAGAAAUAAAAUUUCAUUUAUAAUUUU